AUGGGCUACCUCUCGGCUUUCCGCCAAUCUCUCUCUUCGUUUCUGACCCCCAAGAAAUCCCCUCUCGAACGGCCACAGCCACGACCUCUUUCUCCCACGACCAGCGCAACCGAGACGUAUGCGCCAUCAUUUACAAGAGUCUUACACCGUCGUUCAAUGAGUCCCACAUCCAAGACGCAAGAUUGGUUGUCAAGCACCACGUCCAGCCAAUUUGGAGGAACAAGCGGGGACGGAAUCGAGUUUGUAAACCCGCAAGGGAAAACGGGAUACCAUGCUUCCAAGAUGAGUGAAAUCAUGGAGACACCCAAAGACGCUUACAGGAACUUUAUGCAACUUCCAACUCCAGCUAAGUCGGGCCUGAAGAGGAAAUUGGGUUUUGAUCGUCGUGGCCCUCAAUCGGGAACUCAAAUCAGCGACAGCGAGUAUGAUCUUGAGGGCGAUACGAUUGCGGUGGAUGAGGCUACUCCAGCCAAAAAACGACGGGUCGGCGAGGGCUUGGUGUAUGUGGGCGAUCGAGAGACGACAGCAUCACAGCUGCAUGAGGAGCGGGAUUUGCUUGAGGGUGAUACACUUGGCGUUGACGAUACUGAGUUAAUGGCAUGCUCUGGAGUUGAAAGUGGCGCUGAAGGUUCGGAUAUAGCCAAUGACGAGCCCAAUGUCUGUGACGAUGCAGACGUGGAAUCCCAGAUUACCACCGAUGAUUUGGGAGCCGAUGGCGAUGAUGAGGUUCUCCUAAUGCACCCGCGUCCGGAUAAGGUAAACCGUGGCUCGAAGACCUCUUGUGACACAGACGGCACUUACCACCCUUCACCACACGCUGUGGACAAGAAUCUUACCAAGAGCAUCGUCCAUCAGGCCGUGGAAAACGAGCUAAGCGAAGAGGAGGUCGUGGGGAAGCAGCACAUUGUGAGCAAAAAUGAAAGGAAAGAAGUGGCAUUUGAUUUCUCUCUAGAGAGAGCGGAACGCUGGGUUGCUGCUAUUAAAUUACCGAAGGGCCACUGGGCCGAAGCGGAGGAGGAUCUCUUCUAUCGCCUUGCAAUGAGAGGAUUCGAACCUCUCGUGCCUAGCAAUUGGCAACUGGAUUUCAGCACCCUUCCUGAAUCGUUGUUUGGACUCCCUGGAGAUAUUACCCCUCCGUACAUAAAUGCGACUGGUGGCUCAAACUUUCGUGCUAUCAAUGCUCUCACCGAUCUCUUUGAGCUUGGCGGUCAAGUCAGGGACCGCCAAUCAGUCCACCUUCGCCCCGAGCCAGUUAUCCGUCGCGCCAUUACGAGAUAUAUUAAAUGGGCAUUAUAUGAUUCUAACUUCCUCAAUCGUCCAAAUGCAAUUCCCGUUCACGCUAUAUAUUCUCUUAAACCAUCCGAAUCCACUCGCGAUGCCCUCCAAACCCUAAAUCACCGGCUAGUCAUGUUAGCCAAUCGUUACCGCGUGGCUUGGAAAGUAGCUCCUAGUGUCGAAACCAGUUUCGAUGAAAAGAAGAACAACACCAAGAAUGAUGAAAAUGAUCGAUGCGACAGCGCUAACCGAUAUUCCAGUCGCUCAUUUCCCGUUAUUACCGGGUUUCUGGUCUGCGGGCCAAUCGUUGCCCUUCUCACCCUAAACUCAGACCCCAAGGUACACCCUAUCCUGGACUCAAGGUUCUCUGCCAAAUUCAUCUCGCAAUUUGAUUUUGGCGAGAUUGCCCAGGAUGUGUGGAAUUCGUUCGCUGUUGCCAUUGCUGUUGUACGGAUGCGGAAGACAAUGGCUCAAUUAGAAGUGGAAGGGCAGGGGGACGUGAUGUGGAUGGAUUGCAAUGAGGCCGAUUCGGUGGACCCGGAUCUCUAG